AGAACACUGCGCUCUCAGGAUGCUGGGUUCCUUGUGGUUCCUUGUGGUUCUGACUGUUGAAUGAAUCAACAACAAAGACGAUGUUGGAGUAACUUUGAUUGAAGCUGGAGGACUAGACUGCCGGAGGACUUCCCAUGAUGCACUGAGCUCUUCAUUCAUCAUCAGCCUGUCAGGAAUAUUUAUAUAUUUAACAAACUGUUGUGUUGUUGUUGUCUGAAGGUUUGUGUGGUCCAGCAGCAGCACAGUCAGUCACCAUGAGUCUGGACGAAGACGCUCGUUGGCUGGAGUGGGUCACCAAACAGUUUGAGAGUAUCGCCGGGGAAGACAAGGAGAUCGACCUCGACGAGUUCAAGACCGCCCUCAAAGUCAAAGAGUCGUUCUUCGCUGAGCGGUUCUUCGCGCUCUUCGACUCGGAUGGCAGCGCCUCCAUCAGUCUGGAUGAGCUGCUCAAAGCUCUCGACCUCCUGAUCCACGGCAGCGAGACGGACAAACUCCAAUUCCUGUUCCAGGUGUAUGAUGUGGAUGGUAGCGGCUCCAUCGAUCCAGACGAGCUGCGAACAGUUUUGAAGUCGUGUCUCCGUGAGAGUGCCAUCUCUCUGCCGGAGGAGAAGCUGGACGACUUAACGCUGGCGCUGUUCGAGUCGGCCGAUAAAGACAACAGUGGCGCCAUCACUUUUGAGGAGCUCAAGGCUGAGCUGGAGACAUUCCCCGAGGUUAUGGAGAACCUCACUAUCAGUGCUGCUAACUGGUUGAAGCCUCCUGACCUGGAUGAGAAGAAGCAUCACGCUCCUCGGUACCUGACCCGGGCGUACUGGCACAAUAACAGCAGGAAGCUUCUCUUCCUGUGUUUGUACGCCUGCCUCAGCCUGCUGCUCUUCAUCGGGGCCAUGCUACAGCACAGUCAUGGAGGAGCCUGGUAUAUGGUGGCCAAAGGCUGUGGACAGUGUCUCAACUUCAACUGCACCUUCAUCAUGGUGCUGAUGCUGCGUCGCUGUCUAACUUGGCUCAGGGCCACGUGGGUGGUCCGGGUCUUACCUCUGGACCAGAACAUCUUGCUGCAUCAGAUAGUCGGCUACGCCAUCCUCUUCUACACACUGGUUCACACCACCGCUCACGUCUUCAACUUCGCACAGAUGUCGAACAUCAGUGGCUUCAGUCUGUGGGAGUACCUGCUGACCACGAGGCCGGGCAUCGGCUGGGUGAAGGGGACGGCCUCAGUGACCGGGGUCGUCCUGCAGGUCAUGAUCUGCCUCAUGGUGCUCUGCUCCAGCACCUUCGUACGACGCAGUGGACAUUUUGAAGUGUUCUACUGGUCUCACCUGUCCUACAUCUGGGUCUGGUCUCUGCUGAUGGUCCACUGUGCAAACUUCUGGAAGUGGUUUGUGGUUCCUGGUCUGGUCUUCCUGUUGGAGAAGAUCGUUGGAAUCGCCGUUUCUCGAAUGGGAGGUCUUUACAUCGUGGAGGUCAACCUACUGCCGUCCAAGGUGACUCACCUGGUGAUCAAGCGUCCUCAGUUCUUCCAUUUCAAACCUGGAGAUUACGUCUACAUCAACAUCCCGCUGAUCGCCAAGUACGAGUGGCAUCCGUUCACUAUCAGCAGUGCGCCCGAGCAGUCAGACUCUCUGUGGCUCCACAUCCGCUCGAUGGGUCAGUGGACGAACCGCCUGUACGAGAACUUCAGACAACCUGAGAAUCCGACCGUCAGCCCCAAGAGGCUCGCCACGAGCCUGAGGAACCACCGGCAGCUGAUGAAGGCCAAGGAGGACUUGUUCAGCUCCACAAACCGUAACGGAGCAGUCGCCUCGAACGAGGACGACGCCAUUGAGCUGAUGAUGUACCGUCAGAGCAGCUGCCGGUCCGACACAGCGUCGUGCUCGGCAUCGGCGUCUGGAUCUCAAGGUCCAGACGAGCCUCCUUCAGAUGAGCUGGCAGAGCGAGGCGAGGUUCCUCCGCUCAGAGAGGUUUCUGCAAAGUUUGGAGAGGAUCAUCAAUUCUGCAACAUCAAGUGUUACGUUGAUGGACCGUACGGGACUCCCACCAGACAGAUCUUUGCCUCAGAGCAUGCAGUUCUGAUCGGGGCCGGUAUCGGCAUCACGCCAUUUGCCUCCAUCCUGCAGAGCAUCAUGUACCGAUACCGCCGGAGGAAGCAGAACUGUCCGAACUGUAACUACUCAUGGUGUGAGAACAUUAAAGACUCAGACAUGAAGCUCCGAAAAGUUGACUUCAUCUGGAUCAACCGGGACCAGAAGUCCUUCGAGUGGUUUGUCAGUUUACUGACCAAACUGGAGAUGGACCAGGCCGACGAGGAGCCUGAAGGUCGCUUCCUGGAGAUGCACAUGUACAUGACGUCAGCACUCAGCAAGAACGACAUGAAGGCCAUCGGCCUACAGAUGGCGCUGGACCUUCUGGCCAAAAAGGAGAAGAGAGACUCCAUCACCGGGCUGAGGACCAGAACCCAGCCGGGACGACCCGAGUGGGGGAAGGUGUUUCAGAAGGUGUCCGAGGAGAAGAAGGGGAAGGUUCACGUGUUUUAUUGCGGCUCUCCGGCUCUCGCUAAAGUCAUCAAAGCUCAGUGUGAAAACUUCGGCUUCAACUUCUACAAAGAAAACUUCUGAGUGUGUGUGUGUGUGUGUGCGCGUGUGUGUGUGCAGGGCCGGUCCUAGCUAUGGGCAAUGUGGGCGGCCGCCCAGGGCGCAUUCUCCGUGGGGGGCGCA